AUGGCCAUUACCCCGACUCAAUUCGCGAAGAAGACGGCGCAGUCCGCCAACUGGGCAGAGGCCAAGCGCCGAGUCCUUUCUUCCUACCGCGAGUGGUUAAGAGGUGCCCCUGACGUGCAGACCAUGUACAACAUGCCCAUGCCCAUCUCCGUUAUCCGCAACCGCAUGAGGCAAGAGUUUGAGCGCAACCGCUUCGUCAGCAAGCUGUCGGCCGUCGACGUCCUACUGUUCAAGUCACACGCCGAGUACCAGUGUUCUAACUUUGGGUUUCUGGCACAGGAGAUGAUGAACUUUUGGAAGCAGACCACACACGUCAUGUCGUACUUUAAGGGUGAGAACUUUAGAGGAGACGAGAGACUGCCCAACAGCUUCAUGUCUGGGUUCUUGCAGGGCCGCAACUAG